AUGACCAGGUGUGCUCUGCUGGUGCUGAUGGUCCUGAUGUUGGGCAGAGUCCUGGUUGUCCCAGUGACCCCUAUCCCAACCUUCCAGCUCCGCCUUCAGAAUUCUCCCCAGACCACUCCCAGACCUGCACCUGCAGCCUCAGAGAGCCCCUCAGCUGCUCCCACAUGGCCCUGGGCUGCCCAGAGCCACCGCAGCCCCACCCGCCACUCUGGCUCGCGCAUUGUCCUAUCGCUGGAUGUCUCCAUCGGCCUCUUGCAGAUCUUACUGGAGCAAGCCCGGGCCAGGGCUGCCAGGGAGCAGGCCACCACCAACGCCCGCAUCCUGGCCCGUGUCGGCCGCCGCUGAGCCUGAGGAAGAGGGUCACAGUGAUAGGGCUGCCCUGGAUGGGAAGACCUGGAGGUUAGCCACACAGCUGGACGGAUGCUGCCACAUCUGGGCAUAGAGCGUCUGGACACUGCCACAUGAAGCCACUGUCAUGCAGGUCAUAUCACAUCUGAGU